AUGUUAGGAUUGAAGAAUGAUAUUAGGUUUAACUUGAUAAUAAAUAAACAUUUAUUAUCGGUUAAAGUGAAUGUAUAUCAACUAGUACAAUAUUUACUAUUGAAACCAUUUGAAUUAUUUCCUAAAAACAUCAAGAAUGAAGAAAUUGUUAAUAAGAGGAAGGGACCCACUAAUUGUGCUGCUGAUGAUUUAGAACUACAAUUUAAUAAUGAGGAAUUUUUGAAUUCUUAUUUACCGUUUAGUUUAGAAAGUGAUUUGAACGACUAUGAAGUGACGUUUGAUCAGUUGUACGAUUAUUCUUUUAAACAAGAGGUGCCAAUGUAUUUACCACCCCCAGCACCACCGGUGGCCCCACCGGUGGUGGUGCCCGCCAUGCCACCAGCACUGGUGCCGGUGCCCGCCUCCCACUUUACGCUUAAUAUGAUUGGACUUGAAAACAACUACUUUAAAGACUUUAACCAACCAAUGAACCAAUCGCCGCAAUCGUCGAAGUCGUCGGACUUGAGUCCCUUGGACGAGGAGUUUUUAAAACAGGGUUUUUACUUGGAAUCGCAAAAACGGCCCUUUGAAGAAGAAGAAAGUCCCAAAAAACGUAAAAAAUCCAAUUCGGAAACUAAAUUUGAAUGUCAUCAUUGUCAUGCUAAUUUCAAAGUGAAAUCUUACUUAACUCGUCAUUUGAAAAAACACAAUACUUUCAAAGCUUUUAAAUGCCCCUUUUAUAAAGAUCCCAUAGUCGAUGAUUCAACUAAAAAAUUAAUCAACCCGGGAACUAAAUGUCAUCCCACCGGAGGGUUUUCAAGAAGAGAUACGUUCAAAACUCAUUUAAAAGCCCUUCAUUUCAUUUAUCCUCCAGGCACUAAAAGUAAUAAACGCCAUUUGAUCGGAGGAAGAUGUGCUGGUUGCUUCAAAUACUUUGAAUCAAAUGCAAAAUGGUUAGAGGAUCAUAUCGAACCAGGGGUUUGUAAUGGUGCUAUUAAUUAACUUGGUACGGCGGGUACGUACUUGUGAUAUAUUGUAAUAUUAAUGUUUAUUGGCUUGUUGUAGUUUCUUUGUAGAGUAGAUUGUCCUUAUAGAUGUCUACUUUAAUCCGUUAAUACCUCCAGCGAAUAUCAAUUUACAUCAGCGAAUAUCAAUUUAC